ACCAGUCAAACACUCCAAACGGAUAAACCACCAAAUUUUCCAAACCCUCAGAUCCAAUCCAAUUCCUCUUUCUACCCUCCGAUCUUUAUCCCGCAUCAAACACGAAAAUAGCCCGCCCCCAAUAUUAUUGGAGCAGCCAAUAAAUCCACACAGAAGAAAAGAAGAAAAAAAAAAAAGGCCCCGGUGGAGAAACUUAUUUACUUUAGGAAUUUUCUAGAACCUUCUCGAAGGCAAUGGCUGAGGCGACCAGCACCCAGAGAUCCACUGGCACGGUCAAAUGGUUCAGCGCCCAGAAAUGUUUCGGUUUCAUAGCUCCCGACGACGGAGGCGACGACCUUUUCGUCCACCAAACCUCUAUUCUUUCCCAAGGCUUUCGUACCCUCUCCGAUAGCCAACCCGUCGAGUUCUCCAUCGAUGUCGGUGAAGAUGGCCGAGCUAAGGCCGUUGAUGUAACUCCUAUGCCUCGACCUCGCCGUCCUUCCCGUGGUGGUGGAAGAGGAGGAUAUUUUGGCGGCAGAGGUAGAGGUGGUGGUGGUUACAGGAGAGGAGGUUAUGGUGGUGGCGGUGGCGGAGGUAGUGGCGCUUGUUAUAAUUGUGGGAGGACGGGGCAUAUAGCCAGGGAUUGUUAUCAAGGUGGUGGAAGUGGAAGUACGAGAUACAGUAGCGGCCGUGGAGAUGGUGGUGGAAAUAGAAGAUACGGUGGCGAUAGCGGUGAUGGACGAGGAGCUGGGGGACGAUGUUUUAAUUGUGGAGAUGAAGGCCAUUUUGCAAGGGAUUGCCCUAACAAAUAAUUCAGAAAACAAAACCGGACAUUUCCUAUAAUAUUUAGUGAGUAUAAGUUUUUCUUUUACGGUGUUUUGGAAAGGGGUUUAUCAGCAAAAGAAGAAGAAACCGGAAAGUUGUCCAUUCUUUCCGAUCAGGCUUACUUUUCCCGAUUCCGAGUGAUCUGGUAACAUCGUUAAAAAAAAAAAAGUCCAUUGUUUUGUAUAAUGUGUUGUAAUUGUUGUCAUUCUCUUAAUUCUUAUCGAUUCUUCUUUCUUUAAUCCUCUAUUCUUAGUCUUUGCAUUUACAGUAUGAAUGGGCAAUCAUUUGUCUUCCUUGAAGUAAAUUUCUUUUGUUUUUCA